AUGGCAGCGCAUCUGUAUGGCGAUCAAGGAGAGGCCUACAGCAGUGCUGUUGCUGUCCACUGGUGUGGAGGGCAAAGAAGCUUGACAUCCUCCUUGAUUAUAGCAAAGGUGGUAACUUCGAAUAGCUCCGAUCACUCAAUCGAGUUGCAGCUGCAGAAAACACAGUAUUUACAGUUGGGGCAGAGUCGUGGCCAGUACUAUGGAGGGUCGCUGCCCAAUGUCAAUCAGAUUGGGAGCAGCGCUAUGGACCUACCUUUCCAGACUCCAUUUCAGUCAUCAGGCUUAGACACCAGUAGGACCACUCGGCACCACGGGCUGGUGGACAGAGUGUACCGUGACCGGAAUCGCCUGGGCUCACCGCACCGCCGCCCGCUGUCGGUGGAUAAACACGGCAGACAGGUGGACAGUUGUCCGUAUGGCACCGUGUAUCUGUCGCCUCCUUCAGAUACUAGCUGGAGAAGGACCAAUUCGGAUUCUGCCCUGCACCAGAGCACCAUGGGCCCAGCUCAACCUGAAUCUUUCUCGGGAGGCUCACAGGACAUGCAACAGAAAAGAGUCUUACUGUUGACUGUCCCUGGCAUGGAGGAAGGCACAUCAGAGACGGACAAAAACCUUUCAAAGCAAGGAUGGGACUCUAAGAAGACGGGAUCCUCCAGGCCUAAAUCCUGUGAAGUUCCAGGAAUCAACAUCUUUCCGUCGGCCGACCAGGAAAACACUACCACGCUCAUCCCCGCCACUCACAACACGGGCGGCUCCCUGCCGGACCUGACAAACAUCCACUUCCCUUCUCCCCUCCCGACGCCGCUGGACCCGGAAGAGUCGUCUUUCCCUUCCCUGAGCAGCUCCAACAGCACCGGGAACCUUGCCGCCAACCUGACGCACAUGGGCAUCGGCACAGCCAAUCAGGGCAUGACGACGACACAGGCUUCUUCUCAGCAGCACCGGCAGCCAAACGUCAGCCCCCUUUCGUUGAACACGGACUCCAGGAGGCCCCAAUCCCAGCAGGUCUCUCCCACGCUCUCGCCUCUAUCGCCGAUCACUCAGGCCGUGGCGAUGGAUGCUCUCUCCCUGGAACAGCAGCUUCCGCCAUAUCCUUUCUUCACCCAAACGAGCGCGCAGCAGCAGCAGCAGCCCCAAGUGGCCAGCUCCCUCCCGCCAAACACCCCUCUGAUGCAGACCUCCGGCUUACAGAGAGGAGUGCAGCUCCCGCCGCUCACGGUCACUGUCCCCUCCACAAUCCCACAGUCUCCGCCAGGCAGCCAGACCCAGACUUCAAUGGGAAUAGACAUCAGCUCGGGGUCUCUCCAGCAGUACCGCAGCAAUGCCGGCUCCCCGGCCAACCAGUCUCCCACCUCUCCUGUCUCCAAUCAAGCUUUUUCUCCUGGCAGCUCCCCCCAACAAACAUCCAUCCUGGGGAGCGUCUUUGGUGAUUCCUGUUACGAUCAGCAGAUGACAACCAGGCAGGCGAACGCCUUGUCCCAUCAGCUUGAGCAGUUCAACAUGAUUGAGAAUGCCAUCAGCUCCAACAGCCUGUACAGCCCGUGCUCCACCCUCAACUACUCCCAGGCGGCCAUGAUGGGACUCACGGGCAGCCACGGGAGCCUGCAGGACUCCCAGCAGCUCAGCUACGCCAGUCACGGGAACAUCCCAAACAUCAUCCUGACAGUGACAGGAGAAUCGCCUCCCAGCCUUUCGAAGGACCUGACCAACUCUUUGGCUGGGGUGGGGGACGUCAGCUUCGAUUCGGAUUCGCAGUUCCCGCUAGAUGAACUUAAAAUCGACCCCUUGACCUUGGACGGGCUGCACAUGCUGAACGAUCCAGACAUGGUCCUUGCGGAUCCUGCCACAGAGGACACUUUCCGGAUGGAUCGGCUGUAGAGGCGGAGGGCCUCUGGCAGAGAGAGAGAGAGAGAGAGAGAGAGAGAGAAGAAACGGACGGUAUCCCAGAGUGUCCGUGCCAUUCUGGGAGAGGGGGGGACUCGGCCGGCUUGCUUUGGAGCAACCGAGAGCAGCAGCAGCAGCAGCAUCACCGUGUUCCAUUAGCAGAGCUCAUUUCGACACCCCGCAGACAUGCUGUCCUGCCCCCUCCCUCCCCCCACGGUGCUGUCUUUAACCCAUCGCACACCCCUCGGGGGUUGGGAGAGAACACUUUGCCAACUCCUCCCUCAUUUCCUUUCCUCCCUCCUGCCUGCCACCGAAGUUCCAGCAUUUGGUUCUUUUUACCCUUUGCACUAAAAUUUCUUUUUGCGGGAGGGGCAGAGGAGGUUGAUCUCUCCCCCCCCCUUUCUUCCAGGGCGGACUGAGUUGUCCAGAAGGUAAAUUACUAAUAUAUUGUUUUUUGUCGUUAUUUACAUUUCCGUAUGUAAAUUACCAAGUCUUUGGUUUCUGUUACAGAAACGGCCACCUCCGCAUGAAAGUGUGGGUGCUUGCGGGGAAGAAGGGGGGGUGGGGCGGCUUAAUGAACGUCGGCCUUCCCCGUGUGAAUUCUAAAAGCUCUCUUGUCGACGUCACUUUCCCCCUACAGAGGGGGGGAAAUGGGGGUAAACAGUGGAGUCUUUGCUCUGUGACUGUCCACAACCGCUUCCCGAAUCUGCUGCUUAUGUGUACUUUCCGAGGGGUUCAGUGUCUUACACCUUCCCGUCCCCCCUUUUUUCCUGAGUCCGUUUCCUUCCCAUCCAGAUCCUUAAGCGAUGACCGGGGGCGACUUUAAGCUGUUCACGGCCCCCCAGAAAAAACCAACACCGCUAUUCACCAACCAGGGGGUGGGGGUGGGGAGAAGCAUGCUUAGAUCACACAGACCACGGCCUUCCCUUCCGAACAGCAAGCAUACGAAAACAUUCUGUGGUCAAAGGGGUGGGGGUGGGGCAGUCCCUUCUCAAUUGCACAUGCGGCUUCCAUAAUUUCAUUACCUGCAGGGGAUGUGAUAUCAGCAACCUGGUGAAGCAGGUUGAGCAUCAUGGCGGUUGUUA